CCUCCCUGCGCCGCCGUCUCUCCCUCUCUCCCUCUCUCCCCAUGCGGCGGUGCACCGGUUGGGCACUAGCGCUAGCCGCUCUCCGACGCGGUGGUGCAUCGGCUCCUCCGGAUUUUGGCCAUGGCGGCGGUGGCGGUAAUCCCCUACCCUGUGCCAUGCCCCUCUCCGUCUCUCUCUGUCCCUAUUCUCUACAGAAGUGCUAGCGCAGCAGCCGGCGGUGGUUGCGGCUGCUCCCUCUCCCUCUCUAAUCUCCGGAUUCGCUCACUUUUCGCUCUCGUUGCACGGGCUGGCGGCCAUGACGGCGGCGGUGCUCCAUGCGGCGGAACAGGCCUCGGCGUAGUGGUGGUGGCCCUUCUCCUCCUCGCUCCCUCCUCUCUGCCCCCGAUUCCCUUCCUCUUCCGCCCUUUCCUUCUCCACGCGGCAGCACACCGGGCUCCCUGUCCUCUUUCUCUCUCUCGAUCUCUCCCGAGGCAACAGUGGCGCACCACCGACCGCCUUCUCUACCCCUCCGUCCCCUGCGGUGGUUGUGCUAAAUUUCCUUUCUUUAGAAAGCAAUGGGGUUCCAGGGUCCUUUGCUUAGAAAAGUGUUGGUUCAAAGGAUAGCCACAGCAAGAUAUUUAAAGAUGAAUGAACCUUUCUUUUUUGUGUGCUCCCUACCUACUCUGAAGCUGAGGUGCACUGUUUUUUAGCUACAGGAGGUGCAGUGAUGUGUGUUGUUUUGUCCACCUCUCCAGGAUUUCAUCCAUCUGUUCAUGACUAAUGGGUUCUUGAUUAUGUGCAGACAGUGACACUGCAGUUGUGGACAGUUCAAGGUUAUUCUUUAUUUGUUGGUUAUCCCAUUUGUUUAACCUUCUCAUGAAUUUGGGUGUCAUGAUUCAGUUAGCUCAAAAUAAACUGAUUACCUUAUGAGCCAGGUUAAGAAAUAUUUCUAUAAUUUCUAGA